AUGCUACUCUUUGUUUCUAGGCCUUUUUGCAAAUGUGCAAUCUGCCAGUCCGGGUGGUUUGCAGGGCAAAUGCUGAGUACAUGUCCCCAUCUGGCAAAGUACCCUUUAUUCAUGUGGGAAAUCAAGUAGUAUCUGAACUUGGGCCCAUAGUCCAGUUUGUAAAAGCCAAGGGCCAUUCUCUCAGUGAUGGGUUGGAUGAAGUCCAAAAAGCUGAGAUGAAAGCCUACAUGGAACUGGUCAAUAAUAUGCUCUUGACAGCAGAGCUGUAUCUCCAGUGGUGUGAUGAUGUUACAGUAGAGGAGAUUACUCACCCAAGGUAUGGAUCCCCUUACCCAUGGCCUCUUAACCGCAUUUUGUCCUAUCAGAAGCAGUGGGAGGUUAGGCGAAAGAUGAAAGCCAUUGGAUGGGCUGGAAAGACACCUGAGCAGGUGCUUGAAGAUGUAGAUCAGUGCUGUCAAGCUCUCUCCCAGAGAUUAGGAACACAACCAUAUUUCUUCAAUAAGCAACCAACUGAAUUAGAUGCUCUGGUAUUUGGACAUCUGUUCACAAUCCUGACUACUCAACUAAUCACCGAUGAGCUCUCUGAAAAAGUGAAGAACUACAGUAAUCUCACAGCCUUUUGUCGGCGAAUAGAGCAGCAGUACUUUGAGGGUCAUGAUAAAGACAGCUCUGCAAUUGCAGCUCGAUCUGCCAAGAGGUCUUUGCUGAGAUAAUCAUGGUUAACGUGGAUAAGGUGGUUGGAGUGGGUCAUGUUGCAGUUUCUGGUUUUGUUUGAUUAAUUGAUUUUGAGAAUGGAAACGUGUGUUAGCUUUUUGAAGCUGCCAAAUCAUUCUGAAGCAAGAAAAAUCUUUAAAUGCAUUUUUGUUUUGUAGAAUAUAUUGUGCACAAUGUAGAAAGUCGGUAUGAGCACUUCCAUUUUAAUAGCCUGUAUGCCACUUACUGUGAAAUGACCUUGGAAAAAUAUUGUAUCUGUUUCAAAGAAAUAAAACACUUGAAAAAGUUUCUCUCUGA